AUGGGGGAUUUCUCUGUUAGGAUCGAUGUAGAGAAGCUAAUUUCAUUCAGCGAUGAUCUCGUUGCCAUUUUGAAGGAUCAAAGAGAUAUUAACAACUUGACUCACUGUCUUGAACAAUCAAAAUCUCUCAAAUCCUCUUCCGACGCCGAAUUUAACGACACCAAAACCCUAAUCGAAGGAGCAGACUACGAGAAAAAGGUAGAAGCAUGCAAGAAGAAAACGGAGAAGGCGAAAUCCGAAGUAGUUUCGGAUGCCGAAAUGAAGACUCUUCAGCAGGAAUUGGAAGCGGAGCUUGAAAAAGAACCGGUGAACAAUGAGAUCAGUGAUUUGGAGCGUAAACGGAUUUCUUUCGAUGAACAAAAGCAAACUGUUAAGAAACACGAGAAAGAUGAGCUCAGAGCACAGAGGAUGCUUUCGAUGUAUGCAUCUGUGACCAACCUCAUUCCGGAGUUAGAUGAUCACUCCAAGAUCUCUGGCCAUAUUGUGGAUAGGGAUAAAAGGGCUUUUGAGAAAUUUGAAUUCGACCCGACAGAGAUGAGUCCGUUUGAUACAUGUCAGAGCAUUUGGAAGAUGAUAGAUUCGCAAUAG